AUGGGAAGUUUUUAUGGUGUGUUUGGAGAUCCGCUAACUUGUUAUGAUAAUAAUUAUUAUACAUAUUCCGAUGGAAAAAAGUGUGACGAAGGACAGGUUCGUUUUUUUCUUUUUUUUUCAAGUCCAAAAUAACUUAGGACCUUUGAAUUAGACCUCUCAUAUUUUCCAGUCAAAUAUUUUUUUUAUUCUAGAAAAUUCCUUUAUUUCUAUUUAACCGCAACACAAAAAGUGCAUAAAGAGGCUAAUUAGAUAUUCUAAAUAUAUAUGUGAAAAAAAGCAGCAGAAAAUCUAGCCCCAAACUUUCGAAGAAGCGGGGGGAAAAAGAGCGGAAAUUAGAAAAUUUUUACCACACUUUGAGAGAGUCGUUGAAGCGGAUUCUAAUUUGUAGAGACGCGCUGCGAGGUGUCAAAAGUGAUUAGUGGCCAAAAAAAAGUUGCCAUUUUAUUUUUUCAAAAAUUCGGUUUGGUAAAGAGAAGGAAGACCUCAAAUUUCACACCUUUCAAAUUUAUUGAAAAAACAGAAUUGGAAAGUGUUGGGUUUCUAUUUGAGAAGAGUCAAAUUCCAUUUUCGAAUACCGGAAAUUGUGUGAACUUUUUUCGAAAAAAUUUGAGAGAGACACAAGACCGGGUUAGGCCCGGUUUUCGAAAUAUCAAGGUCUGUUUAAUAGCUGAACUUAAUAGCAAACUUCUGACAAAUCGUUUUUUGAAACGUGAAAUGUUUUUGGAAAAAUUAGAAAUAUUUUUCAAAUUUUUUGACCAUCCUGAUCAAAUUCAAAAGUGCCGAGCAGUUUUUUUUGCAGAAAAAUCUACGUAAUCAAAAAUAAAUCAAAAAUCAUUAAGACUAUAACUAAUAAGCAAAGAAAACCUGGGGGUAAAUAAUAAUAAUAAACAACUAUUUAUUCUAAGAAAGAAGUGAAAAGCCAAGCCAUGUUAUUAUCUAUAUCUACCCCAUUUUUCUUCAUAUAUGUAAGCCUCGAAAAACAACAAAAAAGAGAAAAAGUCAACAAAAAACAUAUUUUUUCUGAAAUGCAUAUAUUUCUUUUUAUGCAUUAAUGAGUGGCAAAAAAGUUUGACAAAGAAACCUUUUUUUGGAAAAAGGCUGAAAAAUUUAUGACAUUUUUCUGUGAGAAUAUGUGACAAUAUGAGUCGAGUUUAAAAACCUUAAGUUUGGAAUAAUAUCGAAUAAUUCGCUUUCAUUCCGAUUUCUAGAUCUUCAAAGCUCUGAAACCCAAUUUAAAGGUUAACUAGUGUCUUGAAGUACUACAUUAACCAAACAAUGAGAAUGAACAAAUAAAUUGUCAGUUUCAUCUUUCAGUUUUUCAUUUAUUCUUUCCCAAAUAGAGCAAACGAGACCUUUUUGAUUUGGCGGAAUUCCGGGCAACAACAACAAAAAUGUCAAUCUCUCAUUUCCGGCGACGCGCUCGCCAACGAAAAAAAAAAAGAAAAAUUUCGAGAAAAACGAGAAGGGGAAAAGUAUAUUUUUUGAGACGAUAAUCUAUUUCUAAUCCGUUUUUCGUCUUGGUCGAAUAUCAUUUUCAAAACGAAAAUUUUCAGAUUUGCUACUCGGAAUUCUAUGCGGUGAAUAGAACUGGGGAUAAUUCGAGUUUGGAGCAAAACUAUGCGAGAUAUUGUAUUUGGCCAGAAUAUUGUGUGGCGAGAGGAAUUGAUGACAAAUGUUCGUCAAUUGAAGAGUUGGAUUGGGAAAUGCAGGUGAGCACAAUUAUUUAUUUGGAAAGAGAAAGGGGACGGACAAUUAAAAAUCAAACUACGAAGUUUAGUUGAGAAAAAUGAAUGAGUUGUGUUUUAGACUUGUCAUCUAAAUGAGUUUUCUCAAAAUCCAAAGAGAGAACGCGUUUUUUUUUCAAAACAAAAAGGAACUUUCAAAUUUGUUACAAAAAUAUAAGUUGUUAAAAUUGUCUGAAUUAAAAAAUGUUCGUUUAUGAGUUCUGUAGAGCAUUUUUUUCUAAUUUGAAGUAGUAUAACAUGACUAAUAUUUUACCUAAUUUCAGUAAGCCUUGAAUUCGCCAAUUUUUCCCCUAUUUUUCAAAUUCUUGAUAUUUAUAGCAUCAAUGUUCAACUCUGACGAAACAUCUAAAUUUUGAUCUUCCAAAGAUACGAAAGAAAUAAUCCUAAUUAGGCAUAGUGCAAAAAAAAAAUACGAGAAGCCAUAAAAUGUCAUCUACGAGAAAAUGAAUUGUAAACUAGAAAAAACCAUUCAAUUUUCAGGAAGCAUUUCAAAAUCAUUCCGGAGUAUCCAUCUCAAUAGUUCCAUUUUCACAAUUUUGUUGUUGUAAAGAAGAUUUUUGUAAUGAUGUGAAUCCAAUCGAGGUUAGUUGACUGAUAUUUCUUUGUUCUAACAUGAUUAUUUAUAAUCAUAGAUAAUCCACUAAAUAAUCUAAUAAAUUACAGGUCCAUGAUAAAUUUGGAAUUCUUCUAAGCCCUGAAAACAUGACUGACUCAUCUAAUCAAAAAUCAAUAUUAUUAUCAAUACUUAUCCUAUAUCUUACUAUAAUCUUCCUAUAA